AUGGAGGAUGAUUUAUUCCAGCUGAGACAGCUGCCGGUGGUCAAGUUUCGCCGCACUGGGGAAAGCUCGAGGUCAGAUGAAGAUGUCAUUUCAGGAGAGCAUGAAAUUGAGAUUGAGGGUGUUCGGACAGAGCUAGAGCCUGUUGAGCUAGAGGAUGGAGCUGCAGUGCCAAAAGAGUUUGCCAACCCAACUGAUGAUACUUUCAUGGUGGAAGAUGCGGUGGAAGCCAUUGGAUUUGGAAAGUUCCAGUGGAAGCUGUCUGUUAUUACUGGAUUAGCAUGGAUGGCAGAUGCUAUGGAAAUGAUGAUUUUAAGUAUCCUAGCUCCUCAGCUUCAUUGUGAGUGGCGAUUACCAAGCUGGCAGGUUGCAUUGCUCACCUCGGUGGUGUUUGUGGGAAUGAUGUCCAGCUCCACCCUCUGGGGAAACAUUUCAGACCAGUAUGGGAGAAAAACAGGCCUAAAGAUCAGCGUGUUAUGGACGCUCUAUUAUGGGAUCCUCAGUGGUUUUGCACCAGUGUACAGCUGGAUCUUGGUGCUGAGGGGCCUGGUGGGCUUUGGGAUUGGAGGAGUGCCUCAGUCGGUAACCUUAUAUGCUGAAUUCCUUCCGAUGAAAGCAAGAGCAAAGUGCAUUUUAUUAAUAGAGGUCUUUUGGGCCAUCGGGACCGUGUUUGAAGUCCUUCUAGCAGUGUUGGUGAUGCCCACUCUUGGCUGGCGGUGGCUCCUCAUUCUUUCUGCCCUCCCGCUUUUGCUCUUUGCUGGCCUGUGUUUU